CGAGAGUAGAUACAGGGGCGCAGUCUCGCGGUAGAUCCUCUAACGAAAGAAGAUCAAUGGGAGGCCACAGAGUAAGAUGGCGGACUGCGAGUCGGAGGUGCAGCGUUUGCCAGCCGCGAGCGAGGACGUAGCAAAGAACGCGAGCGUGACGAUGAUCACUAACGGACGCGUGCCGCAGCACCCGGUAAACCAGGCGAAUCCGAUCGGGCAGGGACCGAGGUGCGUCACAAUUUACAAAACCGAGACUGGUUUCGGGUUCAAUGUACGCGGUCAGGUCAGCGAGGGUGGACAACUAAGAAGCAUCAACGGGGAACUGUACGCGCCGCUUCAGCAUGUCAGCGCCGUGCUACCCCGGGGUGCUGCCGAGAAAGCCGGCGUGCGAAAAGGCGACCGCAUACUCGAAGUAAAUAACGUGAACGUCGAGGGGGCGACUCACAAGCAGGUGGUGGAUCUGAUCAAGUCUGGCGGCGAUGUGUUGACGUUGACCGUCAUCUCCGUCACGCCGCAGGAAGCUGAGAAACUCGAGCCAUUCGAAGAUCUAAGCUACGCGUCGGUGGACUAUAGCGAGAAGCGAUCGCUGCCCAUUAGCGUGCCGGAUUACCAUGUACGCGAGAGGAAGCACGAGCGCUACGUAGUCUUCAACGUGCACAUGGCAGGCAGACAUUUGUGCUCUCGACGUUAUCGGGAAUUCGCGGCGCUCCAUAUGGCCCUCAAGAAGGAAUUCAUCGGAUUCAACUUCCCGAAGCUACCAGGCAAAUGGCCAUUCCAAUUGAGCGAGCUACAGCUCGACGCUCGGAGACGCGGAUUGGAGCAGUAUUUGGAGAAGGUUUGCGCGGUGCGAGUGAUCGCCGAGAGCGAUAUCAUGCAGGAGUUUCUGGCCGACAGGCUCGAAGAGGACGGGGAUCAAGGGCCGGCCGUCGACUUAAAAGUUCUCCUGCCGGAUCGCGAGGUCGUCACCGUCACGGUCGCCAAAGCCGCGUCCGCCGCUAACGUUUACGACGCUGUCUGCAGCAGAGUCGGCUUAGACGCGGAAACGGCCAAAUACUUUUACCUCUUCGAGAUCGUCGAGUACAAUUUCGAACGGAAAUUACAACCCCACGAGCACCCUCACACGUUGUACGUGCAAAACUAUUCGACUGCCAGCGUAACGUGCCUCGCGGUCCGAAGGUGGCUCUUUCACCUGAACAGACCGCUGAGCGAGCAGGCGUCGACCUGGAUCUUCUGGCAGACGGUGGACGAGGUGAACAGAGGGCACAUCACGGCCGGCGAAAGACUGUACCAAUUGAAAGCGCUGCAGGACGCGUCGAGGAAACACGAGUACCUGAAGCUGGCGAAGGAGUUGAGCGGCUACGGCGACAUCGUGUUCCCGCACUGCGCGUGCGACUCGAGGAAGGAGGGUCACGUCGUUCCUGCUGUCGGUGCAGGUGCGUUCAAGCUGCACGCGGCGAAGGAGGACGGCACUUUGGAGUCUCAGGUCGUCGAGUUCCAAUGGAACACCGUCACGCGGUGGGAGGUCGACGACGAGGGAAUGGCGUUUUGCUUCCAGUACACGCGUCAGGACAACCGGCCACCGCGUUGGCUCAAGCUCUUCACACCUUACUACACGUUUCUGUCGGAUUGCUUCGAUCGAAUAGCCGAGGAAGCGAAGUGGGACGAUCCAGGAGAAUGAGGUAACGCUCCACGUUGAACAUGUGUUUUUGGUGCAUAAUAGCAAAGAUGUAUCGUUUCACUGGUCUUUACUAUAUAGCAAGAACAUUUCGAUUAGGAUUACUUUUUUAAGGCGACUCAAAAAUCGGUAAAAGCACCCUGAUCAUAUCAAACUCUUGCUUCGAUUAGCUCGCGGUGCGUGGCUUCGCGCGGAACCCGUCCGUUCGAACGGCGCAUCGUUACGCUUUUUAUUUUAUUUCGCUUGCUAUCCAGAGGAAGUAGUAAAUGUAUCAGAAAACGCAUCGUUGGGCAACUCUACGUCGACGGCACUCGUGUAUCAUAGAUUAUGAUACUUCAGUUGAAGCGCAGAAAACAAGUAAUCGUAUUACUCUCCGGAUGAGACACUGUCGUCGUAUCAGCAUAGACGAAUCUAGUUGUAUCUUUUGGCCUACCGCUCGUCGCGUACAGAACAUACGCAUCAUUUGAAUCUCGAUUGAAUUAUUAAAUCACACGAGACGUUCCUCUUUACUAGCCUAAAUAGAUACUGCGAACUUUCGUACUUUUCAAUUUGUACUAGUAGACGGACUUAACCAGCAAGUAUUAUCGCUUAAACUUAAGUGAUCGAUUUACUUUACGCUAGUUUACACGCGACACCCUUUUCAUUUACAAACUAUAGCUCGUACCUAUACAUUUACAUGUUCGUAGAAUCGUUGCGACGCUUCCAUCUCCUGCCAUGUCGCUCGCGUAAUGCGUAAUAAAGGGAUGGAGAGAACGAACGUUAGAAUCAUCUUUUCUGAGACUAUAUUUUUCCUAUCGCGGAGGCAGAGAUAUGAAAAAUGAAAACUGAGAUCUGUUCUCUCGUCGAUAGUGUGCAAACGAUGAUCGAACACUCGCGAAACUCGUAGCCGGGUUUAAAACCAUUGUUGAAUUCCAACGCUUCAUUGCCACCUCCACUGAAAUACGAGGUACGUUCACGAACUUAAAUAUCUCGAAGGCGAACGUUAGGAUCCUAAAUGUUACAUGUAAAACGUUGAGAAAGAGACCGGUAGUGCGCCAUAAGGACGGGGAAGAACACACAGAUUAAUACUCAUUGUCAGUGACGUUGUUAAGACGGUGAUAAUAAGAAUGAAACAGUUAUACAUAUGUACCUACGCGAGUAAGAACGUUUAGAGCCGGGAGAUAUCUUGGUCUGAUGUCAAGAAACAGCGAGUCUUUCGGAACUCGUUCGUCGUUACAUCUUCGUUUCCUCGUCUCAUCCGAUUCGGUCACGAGAACUCUGUUCCGAACGAUUCGCUGGUCCAACAAGGAGAGAGAAGCCUCGGCAGAUAAUAAUUAUAAUAAUUAUAGAGAUAGAUGUAUAAUUAUCGUUAAUGUUUUUAAACUUUAUUCGAAAUGAAUCCGUGUGUGAUUUUGAAGCAGGAGUGGCCGGGCGGUUGAGAACGAGUCGGAGUUAACGUUUGGUAGUAGUAUUAAGAACGCGCGAUCGGCGCGCCGUAAGAGCGACGAGUACCUUUUUUUUUAUUUAAAUACAUAUUAUUCGAAUACGCAGUAUUCCGUUGACCGACGAACACGAAAGAUCUCGUCGCUCUCACGCCUCGCCACGCGCCGAUCCGCCACAGAACACCGAACUAUCUAAUUAGGAUUAGAUACACGUUAAAAAGUAUCUGAGAAACAGAUCUGCUUGUAUCCGUUCCACGUAUCGAGCAGUUGAAAACGGAAGACAAAUAUCGUCCUCUCAAUAAUCGUAUACACAUGUAUCCGUGGGAAACGAUGAGACACGCUCUCUGCACGGGGACGAAGGUGGGCCUUCGGUUUCUCAGCUCGAAUCGUAUCUUCGUCAAUACGAUCUAUCAUCGGAACGAUACACCCCCCCAUUUUUCUCCGGAUUCGAACGACACUUCCGUACAAUAUUUUCUACUUUAAGUUUACGGCGAGCAAAAUCGGAACGCACUAAGUAUCGAGCAAGUAUUAUAAAAUGCCAUAGAUAGAUUGUAGCCGAAGGUCGCAUCGAUUGGCAGAAAACCGUUGUAAGAUUCUCAUGUGUCUUUUUGUGAUGUAGGUAUUAUUCCAUUAAUCGAUGAAGUAAUUACAUAAAUAAUUACUAUGCGAAGUCUCUCGGCCGAUUUAGCGUGAUUCAGAGUGAACGCGCGAUAUUUUUUGACGACGUUCUAUCGUCGUCGUGUUAACUAGAUGAUCAAUGGUAAGAUAUUUUCGAAGAGAAAUUAGAGAUACGUAAUUAUGUAUAGUAACAGGAGGAGGGAAUAAGUAUGUACGUCCAAGCCGUGUCGCUCCGAUGCGCCAGUUUUUAAAAUUCUUAAACGAUUUGUCCGCUAAAUUUUAUCGACGUUUGUUACCGCGUACACUUAUUUAUAUCGCAUUCGGACGGUUCAUUUCGUUUAGGCGCAAAAUAUACUUAUUUAUUGCGGGCCAAUAGUAUUUUUGUAUCGGAAGCAAGUUUAUCCGUUUGUUAGUUCACAGCCCUUCCACGCGAUGCGGUUUUUUGGCCGGUUCGGUAAUUUCAUCGAAUCGAUAAUACCGAAAGCAGCGUUCACACAUGUAUGACAUUAUGUAUCUAUAAUAUAUACAAGACCAAUAAUUGAGAUAGAGAAUGAAUCAUUCGUCGUAAUGUGAAACAAGCUAUUACAGUAAAUGCUAUUUCACACUAUAACUUCUUUCACACUGAAACCAUUAAUUUGGAAGUUAGGAAUGUGUAAUGAAAAUUGAAAAAUAUUUGGACGCUGCUUUCGGUUAUUAUCGAUUCGGUGAAAUUACCGAAUCGAUCAAAAAACCGCAUCGUGUGAAAGGACUGUAAGAGAAACGAGUACAGCGUGUAUAAUUAUUGAUUACUUCAUGUCGUGAGCACGUUAAAAAAAACCUGUCGAAUUGGAUGACGAAUUAUAGCUAGUUUAAUUUAAUUAUCGUUACGGUAAGAUCAUAUCAUUACGAUUAACUCCUUAGGCGUUAAUUAAACUAUUGUCUAUAAUCGUAGCCUGUAAUGAGAAAUGCUCCAAUUGAAACGUCGUUAUCGUUGCCGUGUAAUAUCAGUUGGAAUUUUAUUGUAAAACUGAUAUUUCGGAUUAGCGUUUGGCAUUAUUCGAUUUGUUUUACGAGUCAUCUUAUUAAGAAUCGGGGGAAAAUAAAACAAACUGCAGAGAACACAAUAAA